CCGUCGGGGGAGGGUCGGGCAGCCGGCGUCCCUGGGCCAGGAAGAUGCUGCCGAUCGGGAAGACCACGAAACAAGGCAAAAGGGGUAUUCUAGAGCGCUUAGACGCUGGAGAAAUUGUGAUUGGAGAUGGAGGUUUUGUCUUUGCUCUUGAAAAGAGGGGAUAUGUAAAAGCUGGGCCUUGGACUCCUGAAGCAACGGUAGAACACCCAGAAGCAGUUCGUCAGCUUCACCGGGAAUUCCUCAGAGCUGGAUCCAGUGUUCUGCAGACAUUCACCUUUUAUGCUAGUGAAGACAAGCUAGAGAACAGAGGCAAUUAUGUAGCUGAGAAAAUAACUUGCCAGAAAGUGAAUGAAGCUGCUUGUGACAUUGCAAGAGAAGUAGCUAAUGAAGGCGAUGCUUUAGUGGCUGGAGGAGUCAGUCAAACACCAUCAUACUUAAGCUGCAAGGAUAAAGCAGAGGUCAAAGCAGUCUUUCGAAAGCAAUUGGAUGUCUUUAUGAAGAAGAAUGUGGACUUUCUAAUUGCAGAGUAUUUUGAACAUGUUGAGGAGGCUGUCUGGGCAGUUGAAGUUCUAAAAGAAUCUGGAAAGCCAGUUGCAGCUACAAUGUGCAUUGGUCCAGAAGGAGACAUGCAUGGUGUGCCCCCUGGACAAUGUGCUGUCCAACUGGUAAAGGCCGGUGCUUCUAUUGUUGGAGUCAACUGCCAUUUUGAUCCAAAUACUGCCCUGGAAACAGUGAAACUGAUGAAAGAGGGAUUGCAGGCUGCUAAACUGAAAGCCCACCUGAUGUCCCAACCACUUGCUUUCCAUACACCUGAUUGUGGAAAGCAGGGUUUUAUUGAUCUUCCAGAGUUUCCCUUUGCUCUGGAGCCAAGAAUUGUAACCAGAUGGGAUGUUCAAAACUAUGCAAGAAAGGCCUAUGACUUAGGAAUUCGUUACAUUGGAGGUUGCUGUGGAUUUGAGCCGUAUCACAUCCGAGCAAUAGCUGAGGAGCUGGCUCCUGAAAGAGGAUUUUUGCCAGAAGCUUCUGAGAAACAUGGUAGCUGGGGCGAUAGCUUGAGCAUGCAUACAAAACCAUGGGUCAGAGCAAGGGCAAGAAAAGAAUACUGGGAGAAUCUGAAGCCUGCUUCAGGCAGGCCAUAUUGUCCUUCAAUGUCAAAGCCAGAUGGCUGGGGAGUGACCAAAGGAGCCAGGGAGCUGAUGCAGCAGAAAGAAGCGACAAGUGAACAACAGCUGAAGGAGCUCUUCCAGAAACAGAAGUUCUAAUCCACUGCAGUUGUGUAAAUGUUAGAAUGAUUUAUCUACAGACCAUCCCAUGCUUCACAAGAAAAUCUGUGAAGAUGAGUACUCUGAUGAUUUAUCAAUUAACAUGUAAUGAAAGAGACAAAAUGCAGAAAUAAUGUGAUUACAGAUUAAACAUAUCAAACUUUGAUAACAAAAUCUUUCUCUGGACAAA